CCCACACACUUCUCUCUUAACCGUUCCCAACUGCCCUUUCCACCUUUCCCAUUUCUCCCAUUUUCCCUUCUUUACUCUCUCCACAACUUCACAUUCACAGAAAAAUAAAAAUAAAAAGUUUAAACAGAGAGAGAUUUUCUAGAGCUGAUUGUGUAAAUGAUGAACUGGGGAAGGAAGAAACCUUCUUCAGCUUCAGCUUCAGCUUCGUCAUCAUCAUCUUCGUCUCAAUCUCAUUUGAUAUCCCAUAUCUUUCCCCUUUCUUGGCUUUCGAAAUUCAAGCGAGCGAGCGAUAAACCCAGUUCUAGAAAGCAGAAAACUAACCAAAAGGAGAAGCAGCACCAAAACUUACAAAGGGUGAGUCCAUCAACAACACCAAAGCAUCCUAGUUAUUACUUGGAUAGUAGAUUCUACACUCAGGAUAGUGAUGGCUUUUGGAGACUCUCGAUUAAGGAGGAUAAUACGAGAGGGGAUAAUGAGUCCCUUGUAGUUCCACAGAAAUAUUUUGGUAACUCAAAUGUUAAAGAAGUUGCAACAAAGAGGAGGGUCCAAAAGCCUAGAGUUGUCAAGGCUGAGAUUUUACCAGAAAAGGGUAUAACAGCUGCGAAAAAUGAAAGUCUACAAAGGACUUACAGGAGAAUUAUGGAAGUAACAGAAGAAUUACAUAGGGAGUUGGAUGAAGUAAAUGGGUAUCGAAAGUCUGUGGAAAAAGAAUUGUCAGAAUUUGAACUUUUACCUGUAAUGCAGAUGAUGGGAAGGGCUGAUGAAAGGCUGCUUUAUGCAAAUUCUGAUAAAAACCCCAUUUUAGCUUCAACAGACUUGAGUAGCUAUCAUCAUCAUGGAAAUGACAAAAUAUUAGAAUGGCAAAGAUUGAAGGAUGCCAAAAUCAAAGAGGUACUUUCGAAAGGUGAGAAGCAUAGGAAGUCUUUUCAUGUAGGCAGGGGAAACAAUAAGAUCAGAGUUAGCUCUCCCAAGAUGGACACUUGCAAGAUCAAAGCCCUGGAAGAUAUGAAAAGAGCCAAAAUGAAAAAGAAAUUGCAAUUGGAAGAUAAAGAAGCAGAUUUGGGAAGUUUUGCAGUAGUCAAAUCUUCGCGCAAUCCACAACAAGAUUUCAAAGAUUCAAUGCUUGAGAUGAUCAUGGAGAAAAGAAUCAGAGGGCCUGAGGAAUUGGAAGAGUUAUUGGCUUGCUAUCUGACUUUGAAUGCUGAUGAGUACCAUGAUCUCAUCAUUAAGGUUUUUCGACAAGUGUGGCGUGAGCUUGAAGAAGCCUAGUUCAAUAAGAAAUUACCACAGAAACAUUAGACCCUUUUUUUGUCUCUAGAAGAAUAGCAGCUGUUCUAAUUUCUAAAUCCCAAGGUCCUAACAAUAUGUAAAUAGUUUGCAGUAUUUUUAUGCUUUAACCUUUUAAUUGUAGCCAUGAUGUUUCCUUCAUUUAGCUAGAAAAGCAAACUAACAUGAUCUAUGUUUUAUA